GCAGCCUCAAAAGACAUAUUACUGCCACGACCUGGAUCGAUAGCCUUGGAGUCAGAUUUGAGACUGUUGGAACGAAGAAGCACCAAAAAACUUAAAAACAACUGAACACACAAACCAAAAUAACAACCCCAGGUGGAGGAGGGAUGGGUGGUGAACAAACAGAGGGAGUUGAGACAUAACAAAAGAUGAACACGACAAUCUAAAAAGAGGGGAUUGGAAAGUGAUGAAACAAACAACUAACAAUGAACAAACCAUGAACAGCUUGAGAGGGUGGUGAGAAACAAAUGAUGAAUAAACAACUCAAAAGAUAUAAUGACAAAUCUAAAAACAGGGUGUUGAAAAACUAAUAUAUUGAGAGGGAGGUGGUUCCGGUGGAUGUCACGACAGAGAAUGCACUUUUUCUACGCACCCCUUCUGUUUUAAGGUCGGCAGUGAUAAUAAAUGAGCAGUUACGCCAAUGAUUAUGAGGUCGAUAUUCAUGUUUAUUUUCAUGUAGGAACUUUGGAAAUUGAGAGUUGGUAAAAUGGAAAUCAUGUUUUAUUAGUAAUAAAUGAUAUAUGGUUACACCAUGAGCAGAUUACCACAGAGGGAGUUGAGACAUAGCAAAAGACGAACACGACAAUCUAAAAAGAGGGGGUUGGAAAGUGAUGAAACAAACAACUAACGAUGAACAAACCUUGAACAACUGAGAGGGUGGUGAGAAACAAAUGAUGAAUAAACAACUCAAAAGAUAUAAUGACAAAUCUAAAACAGGGUGUUGAAAAACUAAAUCUACCGAGUGGGAGGUGGUUCUGGUGGAGGUCAGACUAACGAGAGAGACAUACUUAUCGAAAAGAUAGGACCUAGCUGUUCCAGGUGAAACGAACCUAGCUGGCGCUAGGCGAAACUAUCUCGUCCUUUCAUGUACGAACUUUGGAAAUUGAGAGUUGGUAAAAUUUAGACGGCCGAGAUUGAUUAGUGAUGAAGUGGACCCAACUAGAGUGAGGAAAAUGAUAUAUUAAGGCCUUUUGUCACAUGUGGAUUACUUCUUGAUAACCUAAUUACGAGGAUUAUUUUUAUGCCCCGUUAAUUUCUUGAAAAUCGCAACCCUUUGAAUUUACCAAUCCAAACAAAAUCGUAACCUACUUAAGGCCUUUUGUCAUUUUGUUUUGAUUGGUAAAUUCAAAGGGUUACGAUUUUCAAGAAAUUAACGGGGCAUAAAAAUAGUUCUCAUAAUUAGGCUAUUCAAGAAGUAAUCCACAUGUGACAGAAAGGCCUUAAUGCAUCAUUUUCCUCACUCUAGUCAGGUCCACUUCAUCACUAAUCAAUCUCGGCCGCCUAAAUUUUACCAACUCUCAAUUUCCAAAGUUUGUACAUGAAAAUAAACGUGAAUAUCAACCUCAUAAUCAUUGGCGUAACUGCUCAUUUAUUAUCGCUGCCAACCUUAAAACAGAAGGGGUGCGUAGAAAAAGUGCAUUCCUCGUGACUAGUGAACCUGCCACUCUCACCCUCGAGGAUUAAAUUACCAGUGACAUACUAAUCGCGUGUUCACUUUCUCUCUCUACACAAUGGAUUCCAACGGAGAAACUUCGGCAAUGAAGAUUCGGAGGAAGUCGUCGUUGAGGGAGAAAGAGAACAAAAAAAUGAGAGAAAGAAGAAGAAGAUCCAUAACAGCAAAGAUAUUCAGUGGACUUCGAUCUCAAGGGAACUACAAUUUGUCGAAGCAUUCUGACAACAACGAGGUCCUCAAAGCUCUAUGUGAAGAAGCUGGUUGGUUCGUCGAAGAAGACGGAACCACCUCUCGCAAGGAUUACAAGUCUCCAGUUAACAACCAUGCAGGCACCUCAACCAGAACCACCCCUUUCUCUUAUUACCAAAAUCCAAGUCCUGUUAUUUCACCCUUUCCAACUCCUAUUCCUUCAUACCAAUUCACUCCUAUGUCUUAUCCUCCAUUGUGGACAUCAAACAGUGUAACACCUCCUCUCCACUCACCAACAUCAUCAACAAACAUCAAACCAAUUCCUACAUGGGAUUCUACUUCCAAAGAAUCUAUGGCUUUUUUCAAUUACCCUUUUGUUGCAUCUUCUACCCUUGCUAGUCCCAUUUCUGAUCAGUCGAUUAAGUUCCAACCUUUUGGCCAAUCUCCAUUUGCUGUGCCAAAUUCUUCAUCUUUCAAUGUUGCGGCCGAUAACUCAAUUAGAGAGAUGGGAAGUUCAAAACUGCUUGGGAUGCAAGUAAAGCCUUGGGUUGGGCAGAAAGUUCACGAUGAAGGAGUGGAUGAUUUGGUGGAACUCACCCUUGGAACUGGGACAUCAAGGAGUUAGGCAGCUAUGAUAAUUUUGCAUAAUUUGUGUUCUGUGAGAAUGAAACAAUGAAAUUGUGUUUGAUGGUUUUGGUUGUUUAUCCAACAUGUUUUGGGUACAUUUUUUGUUUGUAUUAAUUUAUGGAUGGUUGGUUUAUUUAUUUGUUUGUUCAUCAUGUUUUGGGUAUAUUUUAUGUGUGUAUUCAUGGUAUUUUUGUUUGUGAGAUUUUAGGAAUGGGGCAAUUCAU